UACACUAAAGUUCUUGAAAUAAGCCAAAUUCGAAGUAAAAUUUUAUAUCAACAUAAAAUUAAAGAAGUUAUUCAGUCUGAUCAACAAGUAAAAAGACUUCAUAUCGCAACUCCAAUUGUUUCUGAUAAUUCUAAUAAAUAUAUGAAAGAUUAUCAAACUAAUGAUGAAGAAAAUUUAGUAGUAAGUGAUAACGAUGAUGUGGAAGAUAAUAAUAAUGAGUUUAUGGAAUUAAAUACUGAAGAAAAAAUUGAUCAUGAAAAUUGUGUUGAAUAUAGUGAUGACGAAUUGUUGCUUAAUGGUAAUUUAGAUCAGAAAUUUCAAGUAAGAAUGUGUAAUAUUCAUCCAGCAGAUGAUCCAAAUGCAAAAUGGAAAUUAUCAUACCUUUUUAUUGAUAAUUUAGAACC